GAAAGUGGACGCAGUGGUCGAAACUUGUGUGUUUAUGUUUCUGUUUCUACUGUUUUGUAUAAACGUAGCGGUAACGAAACUUACUGGACAGUUUUAUCACUGAAACUCAGCCAGUGGUGAGUUAUGGAUGAAGAAUGAGAGGAGCACCAGGGUUCAAACAUCUGUUCUGCUGAAGUGUCCUUGAACAACCUUCUGAAUUCCCUCCAGCUCCAGAGCACUGUAACUCACUCUGGAGGUGGACAAAUGAUGAACAAGUUGCCCUGUACGUGCAGUAAAGGUUCCCUUAUAAGUGGUUAAAGAAUCACUUGAAGAUGAGUAAGUGGGGAGAACGACUGAAGAAGGUUGAGCAGCUUGCUCAGUCAUUCCAGCACCAUCCUCUGGCCACACGCUACAAACCUCGACUGUGGCCGUGCCAGCCUUCCUCCGUCUGGAAGCUCUUCCCUCGUCAAAGUCUGGCUAUCAGCUUUGCUCAGGGCUGCAAAGAGGCUGUACACGUUUUUGCUCUUGAAAAAGAAGAGACAACUCUCGGUCAAAGGAUCUUCCUGGUUACCAGUUACAGUGAGCUGUGGCAUUAUUACAGGACUUUCACUAAGUCCCUGAUGCACUGCUAUGAGGUGAUUCCAGAGGGUGCUGUUUGUAAACUUUACUUUGACUUGGAGUUCCACAAGCCCUCAAACAAGGGAGCUGAUGGGAAAACUAUGGUGUCUUCUCUUAUAAAGUAUGUCUGUGACAAACUGAUGGAAGUUUAUGGGAUUGAAUGCUCUGCAAAAAAUGUCCUCAAUCUCGACUCUAGCACAGAGGAGAAGUUCAGUCAACAUCUCAUCUUCAAUCUUCAAAAGGCAGCUUUCAAAGACAACAUACAUGUUGGUAGGUUUAUCCAUGCAGUACUUCAACCAAUCCUGAGCAACAGUGGAAGUUUCCUUGAAGCUGUGGCAGAAAACAGUGAAACAUGCAGGACACAUGUUGCUGUUCCUGAGGGGAGGGCAACAAAAGCAGGUGAAAGCCCACAGACCAAGAGGCCUAAGCAGGAGGAGACUGACCUCGGCUUCCUCAAGGUGAAAAACAAGGAUGGACAAGACUGUCUCCUUGUUGAUCUUGGUGUCUACACCAAGAACAGAAAUUUUCGUCUUUACAAGUCAUCAAAAGUGGGGAGGAAUGCUCCAUUCACUGUGGCAGACAACAACCAGUUUAUUGCCAAACCUGAGAAGGGGAUUUCUGUGGAUGAAAGCAUAUUCUUGGCGUCCUUGGUCUGUAACGUGAGUUUCACAGGUCAGAGUAUUCUUUCAUGGGACGUCCCGGAAACAAAGGAAUCCAAGACCUGCAGACCUCAUCACCAGCCGGGAUCUGACACAGAUCCAGGCUCACUUUCUGGCAGCUUGACGUCCCCUCAUCAAGAAGUGGACAACUUUGUGCUAACGGUGGUUAGAAAGGAAGGAAUACAAGGAGGCAUCAGGCGAUGGAGCUACUUUGUCUCAGAACAACUUCUUGUCUACGACAUUGCCAGAUACCGCUGGUGUGAAAAUGUGCAAAAGUUCCAUAAAAGCAACAACAUUAUGAUUGUUGUGGAUCUCAAAGAGGAAGUCUGGUACCAGAAGUGUCACGAUCCUGACUGCAGGAACUUCAGAUCUUCAAGCUACCCACUGCCACAGGAGAUCUGCGUCAGCUACAUCAUGACACUGGAUGAGGAGGACCAGGCUUACUUAAUGGACGAUGCUGGCAACAUUGAACCCAGCCAGGCACCAAACCAGGCCCCAAACCAGGCCCCACAGAGCACAGUGUCUCCAAAAGAAGAAUCUGUUGGUGUCUGGGAAGACGGACAGGACGAUGAUCAGGACUAUUUACAGAGCCUGGAUGACUUCGAACAAACCAGUGGGGAGAUCUCUGAUCAGCUUCUGCUCAGUUGUGUGUCAGAGUUUGAUUCGCAGUAGAAGGUAAUAUUAUCUUGCACUGGCUGUACAUAAUCAAAUAUGCUUUUCCUCCUUUUAAGCGUUUAUAAGCAGCAGGUUUUUAGCACUAUGUAUUUUUAAGCAGAUAUAAAUGUUUAUGUAUUUCUCAACCACUGUUACUCGUCCUGUAGGCACCCAUAAGUGAAGGCUGCUGUAUUAACAGAUAGAUAACAAACAAUAUAGUAAAACACAGUUGUAAAAAUAUAAAAUGUGUCUUCAUAGGAGAAGUUUUGUUGACAAAUACUGCACAUUAGUGCACAUUCGUAAACACUUAAAAUGUCCUUGUAGCCACUUAGAACUAAAUUACAGUGAGUUAUAAAGCAUUUAUUAAAUGUUUAUACACUGUUUUUAGAUGACAAAUUGGGGUAAAUACCAACAUUUAUAUAUAAUAAUGCACUUUAUUGACAAUAAUAACAAAUAUAGGUUUCUAGCUACCAAAACAUUGCACUUUUAGGGAUCUAUCAAAAAUAUAUUUUGCAUUAUAAAAAAAACAAACUAUACGCUACAGUUUUGGAAGAAAGUAUUUAUUUGGUACAGUUGACAAAUAUAGAUACUGUACUUGUAACUCCAGCACAUAACUGCACUGUUGCCCUUUUCGUAUCACAGGAGUCUCUAACAAAAACAAUAACAAUAUGGCUUGAACUGUCAAGGAGUCACUGACACGAUUAGAUGUGCAUAAUAAUGAUCACAAUUCAGCAAAAACAUCCGAGUUCACAACAAUGCUUUUUGUUAAAUAACUGAAAUGCUGUUCUGUUUCCCACAAGACUGAUGGUUUCGCGGACCAUCAGUAAAAAGUUAAGGUGAAAUGCUGACAAGGACCUGUAAUUAAUUUUGAAAAACUGGCUUUGUUAAAUGAAACAUGAUACCAGUGUUACCUAAUCUUUCCCCUCAAUACUUUGUGUAUCGUACAGUUUAUAGAAUGCACCUUUUAUCCUGCAGCUCGUGGCACUGAAAUUUGAAAGGACAUCUGAGAAAAGGAACUGCAUGUACAGUAUUAUAACAUUCAGUAUUUUCCAUGCAGUGUUAAAAGAAAACAAAAACAACCAAAAAAAUAAGCAAAAAAGAUCCAUCAAGCAGCAUGAUUCCCAGUAGGCUAUUAGCUAAAUUGUGCACUAGAACAGGUUAAUCAGUCCUUUAGCCUGAAGCACUGAGAAACAUGGGAAUGCAGGGAAUUAACAAUACGGAGUGUCAGGCAUAAUACUCUGCUUACAAAUUUUCAGCAAAUACACUAUUUACAGGUUUAAUGAUUACAUUAAAUAUCAGCUUAAAUAGAUAACCAAAACAUUAAAUAGUCUGGUAUAUAAAUAGUCAAUAUUUGUCACCGUUGUAAAAGUAUAUUUAUAGGAUUUUAUUUUUUCAGACUCCCAAGAAUUAAACCUGACUGAAAUGUUUGCAGAGGUUGGACUUUUCUGACCAUGGAGUACUCAGACUUGGUAGUUAAGGCAUGAGAAAGUCACAUUUCCGCUUUGUCUUUUUCAACCUUUACUCUUUUAUAAAUUAAACCAGUAACACAGUGACAUGUUCUGGGAUAAUUCGAACUAAUUAGCCAGUGAUACCGGGGAAAAUUCAGUCGUAAAGUCACUAACUGAACAUCAAAGUGAGAUUCAUUAUCCAGUUUGUUUAAAAGCAGUCCUCUGCAAAAAUUGUCACUGACAGAAAAAUCAAGGGAACUCCCCAUCACUGGACUAUUUGGUUAUGGCUGUGUGCUCCAAAUGAUUGUCACCUCCCUACAUUACUCCUUGAUCCCAGUUUACAUCUUAAUUUUGGCAUAAAGUUCAUCAAUCUGCUCUCUGAAGCAGCUCCGAAGCUCAGCCCUCUUGGCCUUCAGGGUGGGUGUAAGGAGGCCGUUCUGGACAGAAAACAUCUCAGUGUGUAACGCAAUAUCUCUCACCUGCAGAGGAAAAACAGACCGAAAGAAGGAUGAAAAACAAAAAGUGAAAAUGCAUAUAUUAAAAUAGUGCUGCAACUAAUGAUUAUUUUUUCAUCAUCAGUGAAUUCUUUACAAAGUGGCGAACUAGCUCUCAAGAACCCAAUGAUUUCCAGUUUGUUAUCAAAUUAAUAAGAUGUAACUAUGACAUGUCUGCUAGAAAAUACCUUUAACAACUAAUUAAUCAUCAAAUAAGUUGGCAGUUUAUUUGGACAGACUGCUUGAUCAACUGAUCAUUUCUGUAAUUUGAAGAUGAGAAAUAAAGAAUUAUUGUAUCAAAUACAUAGGUGCUUUUAAAGACACUGCUGUUCCCAGACCAAAAUCAGGAAUGAAAAAAGCAGAACUUGGUGGUAUUUUGAUCAAGUCAAACAUGGCAGCAGUCACCUGUUCAAAAGACUUAAGUCCUGCUUCUUUGCCCAACCUCAGGAUGUCCUCCAGAAUGGCGUUCUUCACCUCCUAAAGACAGUCAGAAACAUAUUAGGCAUCCGUAGAGAGGUUGCUGUUUGUUUGGACUGCUGACGGUAAUAAGUCUGACCUUGCUCUUGCACAGUUCAGAGUAGGAUCCUUCAAACCCUUUCUUCUUGGCCCAUAUAGGUAAAAAGUCUGGAUCGGUCACCACUAUCCCCACCAGGCAGGCCUUUAAAAAUACAACACAGGUAACGUGACAGUCAACUAUCAAACAAGUAUUAGUGUAGAACAAAAAAACAAAAACAAAACAAAACAAAACAAAACA